AUGAAUAAACGCAAAUAUGAAAAUAGUAGUAAUUCAAGUAAAAAAAUCAAGAUUAAGACUAAAGAAAUCGAAGAUCUUGAAACAAUCGAAAAAACAUUGUCGAAAGAACAAAAAGAGAUUAUUGAUAUUGUUAUAAACCAGAAAAAAUCUUUAUUUUUCACAGGACCCGGUGGAUGUGGGAAAAGUUAUACAUUGAAUUUCCUAAUAAAGAAACUGUAUAGUGUGUAUGAAAAGCAUACGAUUGGAGUAACUGCAUCAACUGCAUUAGCCGCAUUAAAUAUCGGUGGUGGUACAUUACAUGGGUUCACAGGUAUUGGAAUCAUGGAUAAAUCAUUUGAUGAUACGAUCACUUCUAUAAUGGAUAAGACUUUUAUUUAUAAUCGUUUAAUGGGGUUGAAGAUAUUAAUAAUUGAUGAAAUAUCGAUGAUAAAUGCAGAAACAUUCGAUUUUAUUGAUGAGAUCACUAGAUUUAUACGUAGUAAUGAUAAACCGUUUGUUUGGAAUUUGAUUGUUGAAGAAUAUGUUUAUUUGAAAAGAAUGUUUCGACAACAGAAUGAAUAUUUUAUUAAUGGUCUUAAUAAUUUACGACUUGGAAAAAUAGAUAAAGAUUUUUUAAAAUAUGUUAAAAACUUGGAUCGAGAAAUUACAUAUGAAGAUGGAUGUGAACCAACCAAACUCUUUUCAACGAAUAAAGAAGUAAACAUAUGUAAUAUGAAUAAAUUGAAUGACAUAAAGGGAAAGACAUUCAUGUUCAAGGCACAGGAUUGGUCCGUAGCACAAGGAAAUAAAAGUAAUAAUAAUUAUAAAAGAUCACAUAAAGAUUUAAUUGAUUGGUUGGAUAAAAGCACUUUAGCGGAAGAAAAUCUAUAUUUAAAAAUUGGGGCUGAUGUAUUGUAUCUUUGGAAUGAUAAAGAUGAUAAUAGAUUAGUAAAUGGAACUGAAGGAAAAAUAGUUGGGUUUAGAUCUGGUAAAACAGUAUUUAGAGAAGGUGUCCCUGAUAAGGUUUUAUCACAUAGUUUAAUACCGAUAGUCAAAUUUAAAAAUAUAGAAGAAGAAGUAGAAGUGAAACAAGAGAUAUGGCAGAAAAAAAAUAAUGAAGGUGUGUUGAUGGUAACCCGUAAGCAAUUGCCUUUAAAAUUAAAAUAUGGUAUUUCUAUACAUAAAUCACAAGGCAUGACAAUUCCGAUGUUAGAGAUAGAUUGUAAAAAAGUUUGGCAAAGUGAACAAAUAUACGUAGCAUUUUCACGAAGUGUAGAUCCAAAAAAUUUACGAGUAAAGAAUUUUAGAGCAGAAAAAGUGAAAGCCAAUGAAAAAGUGAUAAAAUUCAUGAAUGAAAAAUUCAAAAAUAUUUUCUAG